AACGAGCAGCUUAGUUUCGAGGUGGCAAUUGGGCAGGAUCGACCGCAUCCGUGAGUGAGUGUGUGUGCACGUUUUCCUCUCCGACAGUAGGCGAAUAAUAGAAGACAAACUGUCAACCGGCAUCCGUCCAGAACGGUUGCGAAUUAGAAGGUGUGAAAUUGGAUAUCUCGCAAGCAGAACGAAGAUUAGUGUGGUGGACACUGUUCAGGUGAUCGCCGCUUGAGCAAACAACGUAACGAAGGUGAUAUACAGUGACGGAGGCUGGUUGUGUAAUAUUUGCCCUUCCGUGGCCUACCGACUGAAAGUGAAUCUCACCGGUGGAAAUUUGAGAAGACACCAGAACUUGAAAUUGUGAACCAUGAUGAAAUGUGCGGCACUGAUCGUCUUCGCUCUGGCAGCCAUUACUAGGGCCGAGCAGUUUAACGGAUACUUCUAUCCGAAACCAAGCUGUUCAUUUGGAGCUGCCCAAACCGUGUAUUUGACGCAAACCCAAACUGAAUAUCAAGUACAUACGGAAACUAUAGGAGGCGGUCAACAAACUAUUACCCAAUAUUCUUCGAUCUACAUCACAUCCGCAUAUACCCAGACUGUUCCGGCAUAUCGAACGUUGACGGAAACCAACACCUACACCGUAACGCAACCAGGACAAACUUUCUACAACACGAUAACACAGCCACCGAUCGUCUCAACUACAACGCGAAUUCAACCAACUACAGUAUAUCAAACAAUUCGUGAUGUCACUACCGCCACACUGCCACCACAAACCCUGUACAAUACAAUUACACUACCGCCAGUCGUUAGGACCUCAACAGUUGUACAAACGGUUCCAGUUGUGCAAACCGUUCGUGACGUAGUAACUAUCACUGCCCCACCCGUAACACUGCCACCGCAAAUUAUCUACUCUACUAUUCAACUUCCUGCCAUCACAACCACUUCUUACUACACAUCGACCACGCGACUGGUACAGACCGUUUAUGAUACUGUUAUUUCAUCAGUACAAGUGCCAGGACCAACCAAUUAUCAAACUAUCACUCAACCAGCACGAACUGUAGUUUCGACAAGCAUCAGCUACUCGGCAACUCCAGUCUAUCGCACGCAAACCGAUACUCAAACCAUUACCCUCCCAGCACCUCCUGCACAAUAUCGAACAAUCUACUCCACUAUAUCCGUGUCUGGUCAAAUUCAAACCGAGUACAGUGUGGCCACCACCACCCUACGUGACGUCCAGUACAUUACCAGUACCGUGACCAGGACUGCUCCCGGAAUUCAGUACGACGCUCAAACCAUUUACUCCACAGUAACCAAGACGUUCUGCGGGCCUGAGAAUACCUACUUGCCAGCCGCCGAGGGCAACAAUGGAGGUUUCACCGGAUUUGGCAGUGGAUUCAGCCACCGAUUCAACCGAUUCUUCUAAAACCGCACGAUCACCCACUGUGCCAAUUGCACGACGAUAUUCAUAAACGCAUAUCCGCUGCGUAUAAAGCCAAUACUCACUUUUGUUUUCUAGCAACAAAAAGCUGUCAGUGCGAUUGUAGCGCCAAGCUCGCUCUCAAAUUUAAUUGUAAAUAAAUGCGAACCUUAAUGGUAUUGAAGUCACAGAAGA